GGUCCUUGACGUGGCAUUAAUAAACAAAGAUGGCGGUGGCGUUUACACCUUCGUUGAACUUUACUCUGAAUUAAAAACUUUGUAGUCUUAAGUAAUUUGAAUAUUUCCUACAUGUUUCUCGUUAGUCGAGUUGCAAAAUGAGCGGUUGGGCCGGUUUUUCAGACGAGGAGCUGCGCAGGAUACAGCAAAAGGACUCUACUGUAUCUGCACCUCCAGUCCGGGGUCGAAAACCAGCUUCAGGUAACCGGAGUCGGCAGCAGUUGCAGCGAGAAAGAGCCCUGCAGUCAGCAGCCCAGAAAAACGUUGGAGCCGAGUCACUGGUUCUUUCACGCGAACAACAACUCACCAAACCGUCCCCGAGGGAAGAGCCUAAACCCACAGCCCCGGCGACAACACCCACUGUCAAACAAGAGGUGCAGCAGAAGCCCGCUAUAAUGAAGCACAAUGAAAACGACCAACCGACUACAGAAGAAGAAACCCCAGUGGUUAAAGAGCUGGAUAAGCAAGAGAUUGAAUUACGGGAAAAGACGCGUCUGGAGCAACUUCAGCAAGAGCAAAAAAUCAUCGAAGAGAGGAACAAACGCAAGAAAGCUCUGCUGGCAAAAACUAUCGCUGAGAAAUCCAAACAGACUCAGGAAGAGACUGUAAAGCUAAAGAGAAUCCAGAAAGAGCUGCAAGCCCUCGACGACAUGGUGUCUUGUGACAUUGGCAUCCUGAGAGGAAAGAUAGAGCAAGCCAGUUGGGACUACUCAGCUGCAAGAAAGCGUUAUGAGAGGGCAGAAGCUGAAUACGUGAUAGCCAAGCUGGACCUUCACAAGAAAACGGAGGUGAAGGAACAGCUGACGGAGCAUCUCUGCGCCAUCAUCCAGCAAAAUGAACUGCGCAAAGCCCACAAGCUGGAGGAACUGAUGCAGCAGCUACAGCUUCAGGCUUCUGAAGAGGAGCUGGAGAGGCAAAAGGAAGAGGAGAGGAGAAACUUAGAGGUGCAGAAAGACGUGGAAAAGGAAAAUGGCUCUGUGGAGAGUCAAGAGGUAAAGGUGGAAUCAACUAAAAAUUGUGGACCUAAGGAGAAAGAGACUGUGAAGGAAGAGACUGGAGAUUCUGAGCAAGACUGUAAAACACUAGAAAACUGUCUUCAGAGUGAAUCUGUGGCCGUGUCGUGAGGCAAUCUUAAUCUGUUAUGUGCUCUAUAAAUAUCUGUUAUAUACUGAUGGGUGACAAAUUGUACAAAGAUGUUGUAUCAAGUGUCUGUAUCAAGGUGUUGACCAUCACAUGUGGACAGAACAGCUGAUGAGAUUGUGGCGAUCACUGCCACACCUCAGUCUAAAAUGUAAUGACUGUUGAGGCCAGAGCACACGAGUCACGUCAUUGUUACCAUCUUGUUAAACAUGGCAUUUGCAUCAAAUAACUUUGUACUGUAACUAUGACAGAAAAUUAUUCCCCACAGCAUAGUAUGCCUGUUUAAAAUCAUUACUUAUUUUAUUUUUUUAAAUUACAACUUUACACUGACAAGACAGACUGAUCGCUAGCAAAGCAUCGUUUCCAGAUCGACGAAGGGGAGGGAGAAAAAAGACACAAUACAAAGCGAAAAACACUUACAACAUGAUUCUCCAGCUGAGAAGUUUCCCAUGUUGGCAUCCUUGACAGCCUUGGUUAAUACAGAAGAAGCAUCGUUAUGUUUUGGGUUGUAUUUUUGUUUUAAAAAGUCGCAGCUCAUAGAAAGCUGUAUGUUACUAACACGAUUGGUUAGUCUGAAAAACUCAUGUAGCGAAAGCUCACAGAGAACAUCUGGUCUGAUUUCUGGUGUUAUGUGUUUCACACAUUUUCUUUUUAUUAUUAUUAUUUGUGAGGCUGCUUCUAUUUAAUUGUUUAAACAUUGGGAACUUUACCUCCUUUUGUUAAAUAAAGAGUUUGUAGAAUAUUAAUAUAUCGGGCUUGAGAAACAUGAGUACUGUAUCCCCGCUGGCUUUGAGUGAAAUAUUUAAAGCAAUAGACUGGCCAGAGUCGUGUUCAGUUGCUGGGUAAAUCGAAGGGUAUCUUGUAGCUGUUAUCUUCAGGUGUGCACUUUUAUGUUUGUGUGUGCUUAAAAAGCAAAGUCCUCUUCUUCCAAACAUGGUUUUCCAUCACAUCUCUGAGCAUGGGUCGAAUUCAGAAGAUGAGUGUUUUUGAUUGUUGUGUCUUUGUUGUAAAAGUGGAAGGACUGGUUGUGUUUACUUUGCAGAAAGCCGGCGUUUCAUGCAUAUGGAGUGAGGCAUUAAUCAUUAAUCCCUUUCUGUUCUGAAUACAAACUGUCGUGACUUAUGUGUUGUAGAUGACGCUAUUUGCUGGUGCUGGGCUUGUAUUUCACAAAGCUAGAACUCUUGUCAGUUCAGCUAAGGAGCAGUGGGCUUGCACGGUAAGGUGAUAUCUGUUAAUGUAUGCUCUCAGCUGCAUGUGUUUCUGCAUACUCCAAGCUUAUCUUUUCUCUUAGCGUACAUUUUUGACAGCGUGUCAGAAAAGGUAUAAGAAUCUAAUGUAAAUGUAAAUCUAUGUAAGUGAAAAUGACCAAAGUCUGAUUCAUUUGUGUGUUCAGAAAAUGCAUAAAGGCUAUUUAAAUGGGGUAAAAAAAAUAUUUUAAAACAUCAUAUUUUAGAGAUGUACAAAAGGGUAAUAUUUUACUAAAAUAAACUUUUUUUAAAUUGAAAAUAUCCAUUUGUAUUGUCUUUGCGUUCAUCUUUUUUGGUAGAAGGUUAUCUACAGAACUGAAGCUUGCUGUGUGGGAAGGAAUUUACAAUGUGACCACUUUGGGUCUCCAAUCGCUUUCUCAAAGUUUUUCAAAGUGCAGUGUUUUUGUAUACUGCUUUGAGAUUUUACAGCUCCCCGGUCACAUCUGGCUGUCUGAAGGGGAGACCGUAAAAGCAGCUUUUUAAUUAGUCGGAAGGUUUAAGUUCACAGAAGGAGAGUGACCACCGUCCGUCUGUCCCUGUAGAACCUCUAGGAUUCUGUUCCCAAUUACCCAAAUGAACUAAAACAGAUUAUUAUGUCAUUUUUUUUGAGCAUCCAUUUAAAAAUAAAAUGUAAUCUAGUGCACUCUCAUAUAGGCUACAUAACUCGGCUAUUUUGAAUUGUGCAUUUCAGGAGUAUUGUAAUUUUAUGCAGCUUCAUACCUCUAUACUGAUCUUUAUACUAUAUUUAAGAGGAAAACAUUGUCAUUUUUAAUCCACAUAAGUGACUCCCCUGAUUCACACUAUGUACACAUAAAAAUGUCUGUCAUGUCACUUUGGUCUGCAGUAGAAUCUUGAAUAUCCUUAAAGUAGUGUUUUCAAAGUUAAUCGCUAAGAUAAAUACCGUUUUCAAAUAUGUCCUAAGUCACAGCUCUUUAUCUGUAAAACAUUCUGAACUGACUCUUACAGACUUUAGAAAUGUAGCUCAACUUGGACCGGCUGCAUCAUUAAAUGCUGCUUCCAUCUAUGAGUAGCUGUGGCAACAUGAGAGGGUUGGUUAGUCUGAAACGCUGUCACAUACCAAAAGCUUGCAAAAAACAUCCGGUCUGAUUUGUAGUUU